GGUCAGCCUGCAGUACAUUGGUAUCUCGGAGGACGAUGAGGUGUGACAAGUUUUCCUGCCUCUUGCUGUGUUGGCUGGCUUCUCUAGGAGGGUUUAUUUUCAGCUUCCUAAGAACAGAUUUUUUGCUGACGUGCAAUCCACCAUCCCUCAGGAAGCACACGUGUCCUACAGACGCUAUGGCUAGCAUUAACCCAAAGUUCACCGAUCUUCCCAAACUGAUUGAGUGGCCAGAGCCGCCAUCACCAGCAAAACACUUCAAUUUUUCAACUGACCCAAGGAAGUGUGGCUACCGUCUCCCGAAUCCUCGGGGCACUUACAAGGUUGGAGAGACUUUGAAGGUGGAAAUCACAGCUCGGGAUCAGAAUGGUCGUCUGAAGGAAUAUGGUGGAGAUUUUUUCCAGGCCAAGCUGCAUUCUCCUGAACUAAAGGCUGGAGUCACUGGCCAAGUAAGGGACUACGGCAAUGGUAGCUACCUGGCUACCUUUCUUCUGCCAUGGACAGGGUUGGCACACAUUCACAUCCGGCUCAUUCACUCCAGCGAAGCUGUGGAUAUUCUGAAGAAGAAGAGGGAAAGCUUUCCAGAAAAGGUCUUUUUCCAUGGCUUUUUUCAUUUUGAUGGGAGUAGCGAGGUGGUGGAAUGUAACCUCAAGAUUACAAGAAAGGAUGUAUGCAGAUAUAAGAAUCCCCUUAGCGAAGACACUUGGGAGUGUGUAAAACCUCAGCGGCUGCCGUGCAAUGCCUGGGUAUAUCACUCAUUUGGUGGAUACCGAACGGUGACGAACAUAACCGAGAACUUACUCCUAAAUAGCUCUGUGACUAACCAGGUUGUCCCGGGGUCCAUCCCUCCUAUCCAUGUGACAUCAGAUACACUAGGUAAGAUUUUAAAGCACCUACAUAAUGCAAUGUACUUCUAUAAUUAUUCUUGUUUACCUUGUAGUUUGUGUAUCAUUUUAGUAAACAUUAAGCCUCAUGCCCACAGACGUUUUUACAUGUUUGCAAGCCUUAAUCGGUCAUGCUGUCUUGCAGAUCUUACGUCCAAUCUCACAGUCUGUAGGCCUGGUCAGGAACCUCCACAGCCAUCUGGCUUCUACUAUAAUGAUGUUUGGACAUCCCUGACAUGUUCGGCAAGACAUUUUCCCAGUCCGUCUGAUGCAUUAGCCUGCCUUCAAGGGAAAGAUAUCCACAUGCUCGGAGACUCUACGCUACGCCAGUGGUUUGAAUACCUGGAGAAUUUUAUUCCAAGUCUCAAAAGGAUAGAUCUACAUGUCAAUUAUCAGUCAGGACCUCUGUUAGCUGUGGAUCCUAAUGCGGGUCUUGUCAUGCGAUGGAGGGGCCAUGGGUUGCCCUUGAGGACUAGAAAAACAAUGGUCUCUGACUUACACUACGAGGUGGCCCAUUUGGCUGGGAUUGGUGGAGGACCUCAGACUAUUGUGGUAUUGACUCUUUGGGCCCAUUUCACCACCUUCCCUGUGAGUGUCUAUUUGGAUAGGUUGGAGAGAGUCCAUCAAGCCAUCGCAUCUUUACUUUUCCGUAGCCCCGAGACCAAAGUGAUUAUCAAAUCGGCAAACACGGGAUAUAAGUCAAUAUAUGACAGCGACUGGUUGUCUCUUCAAUUAGACAUCUUACUGAGGGAGACCUUCAAAGGCAUGGCAGUUACUAUCAUAGAUGCCUGGGACAUGACGUCGUGUCACUACCUUCCUGAUAAUAUUCACCCAGGUCCGCCAGUCAUAAGGAAUGAGGUGGACCUUUUGCUGUCUUAUAUAUGUCCAACAUAAUGGACCUAACUUAUGGAAAAUUGCGCAAAGGGAUGUAAACUCAAGGGAAGAAGCCUUAAGGUCCCUUCCACACGAGACAGAUCAGUUUCAGCAGAGUCCGCCAGCUCAGCAGGAGAUCUCUCUGUUGAGCCAGCAGAUGACAUGUCCGUCUCUGCUCACUGAGUGGGUAGGGGCCUGUCGAGCACUGCUGUUUCCUAUGGAGAGAUCAGACGAAAACACUGUCCGUUUUCAUCAGAUCUCAUCCGAUCCGAUCCGCCAGGACGGAUGGCAAAGGAAUCGCCAAUGCGUCUGAUUUUAGCGGGCUGGAUGGCAAACGGGUGUCAGACUUGCCCAGAAGACAUGAUUUCAUGAUUUUUGUAGACUUGAGCCUGGUAUCCAGGCAGUGUUUGUUCCUUAGCCUUGGUUGAAAGCUUGCCUGUGGUGUAUAUUAUGCAAAUGUAUCUGAUUUAAAUGUGAUUAAAAUACUUAUUUUUCUCUAA